AUGAACAGGUCGCACACCACGGCGGCGCAGGUGGCGCGCGGCGCCUGCGGAGACGCCGCGCGCUCCUCGCGGGCGAGGCCGUCGAGCGUGCAGUCCGCCGGCAGGGCGGAGGCCGCGGGGCCCCUCCGGAGCGGGUGCGAGGCGCGGUGGAGCUGCAGCGCCUGCGACGAGGUCAACCGGGCCAGCCGUGGCCGCUGCAACAGCUGCGGCGCGGAGCGCCCGGACCCCUGCGCGGCAGAGGCGCGGGCGCAGGAGGAGGCGCUGCUGAGGAAGGCCGCGGCGCUCCUCGAGGAGGCCCUCGCGGGGCCCAGCGAGGCGGGCUUCGGCGCCGGGCCUCGGCCGGCGGACACGGCCGCGGCGGUCGCCGCCUCUGUGGCGAGGCACGCCGGCGUGGACGCGCCCUCGCGCCUGCGGGGGCUGGUCGCGGCGCUGAGGGCCAACGCCGGGCUGCGGGCCAGCGUGCUGCAGGCGGGUCCGGAGGGCGCCGACGCGCUGGCGCUGCAGGACCCCCUGGAGUGGGCCGGCGAGGGCGUCAAGGCGCAGCGCCGCUCCUGGGCGCGGGAGUCGCUCUCGGAAGCCUGCCGCGUGGGCGGGCACGUGGGGGAGUGCCCGAAGUGCGGAGGCACGGCCGUGAGGGAGACCGGUACCUUCCCCGCCUUCAAGAUGGCCAAGUUGUACGUGCAAUGGCGAUGUACAGAGCUAGCCUGUGGCGAGACGACUACCAUGAAGGAGUAG